AUGCCAAAACAGUCUGAUUUCGGUAGUUAUGGCCGCAAUUCGCAUAUUCCAGCUUGCACAGAAUGUCGAGCACGAAAAGCCAAGUGCUCGAAAGGAAAUCCAUGUGUGCAAUGUAAAAGCCAGAAUAAAACAUGCAUGUAUCCAACAAAGCCGGUCAGGACGCCUUUAACGAGGCAACAUCUCACGGCCGUCGAGACACGGCUGCAUAUGCUGGAAACAGCUCUGGGGAAGCUAUUCCCAAAUGGAGAGAUGGAGGCUAUCACUCGGUCGUUACUUGAAGAUGAUAUGGAACCUCAAUCUAGGGUUUCUGGGUCAUCUGAAGAUAUGCUUCAGGAUAUCAUUGGAGAUGAUGCACGACUUCCAUCGCUGGAUGCAUUGCUGCCGGCAGAUGGAGGGAUGAACCAGCUAUCUAUUCCAACAGGGUCUGUUGAAGAUGAAAAGGUUCUGCUUGAUUCAUACUUUCAACACUACCACACUCUCAACCCAUUCAUCCACGAAGCUACAUUCAAAGCAGAAUACGCAAAGCAAAUCCCAAUCACACAUCCAAACGCAUGGCCAAUUCUCACCAACACCAUACUUGCCAUCGGCGCAUGGACACUACAUCAGAGCAACACAGACAAGACAUACUACUCGAUCGCCAAACAGCAUCUCCAACAGAUCCCCAUGUUCGAACAGGGCAAUAUCACCAUGGUCCAGGCAUUACUUCUGCUAAACGACUACGCCCACAAACAAGGAAGUCCAGACGAGAGCUGGCAGUAUAUGGGUACUGCACUGCGGAUGGCGAUUAGCUUGAAUCUGCAUUCUGAAGAGGCGAAUUCUGGCUUCAGUUCUCUGGAUCAGGAGAUUCGACGGAGAGUCUGGUGGACUGUGUAUUGUUUCGAGAGCUGUUCGACAAAGAUAUAUGGGCGGCCACUGCUACUCCCUGAGGAUAGGUUGAUCACUGUCAGGCCGGUGUCGAAUGUUAUAGAUGCCGAUACACUUAUCCCCACAGACAGUCCAACGAUAUAUUCUGGCCUCAUCCAGCAAUCGAGUUACCACCGCAUGGCAAACAAUAUCUACCGUCGUCUUCUCUCCAGUACAAUCAUCACAGGACAGGAUAUCCAUGACCUCGAACAAACAAUCAACAACUGGCAUGAUGAAUCACCAUUAUGUAUUCAACCUAACAUCAACCCCGUACCAGAUUGGUAUACCAUAGCCCGCAACCGACAAAUGCUAUGUGAUAGAAGCCUACGACUUCUCAUUCAUCGACCAUUACUCCUACAGUGGCUAGAAAAGCGACAGCUCAACAUCACCGAACACGAAUACGAGAACGAACGACAUUGUCGAGUCCAGGGCCUCGACAUCGCCCGUACAACCAUCGACCUCAUAACAAGCCUUAUCAUGAAUGGAGAGUACUCACGACUCACCCUCUCCUUCACACUAUACGCCCUCUUCCACGCCCUCCUCGUCCCAGUUAUCCACCUAAAAGCCUCCCCCUCCUCUCCCACCUCAAUAUCCUGUAUCCAAGAUAUCGACAAGGUAAAACGCAUCCUUCCCUACUUCCCCAUCAAGGAGGAUGCGCUAUCGCUCUACUUUCUCGUUAUGCUGAAUCGGCUGUGUUCGAUUGCUUCCCGUGCUGGCGAUGAGAGGGGGCCGCUCAAACCGGGUGAGUUGCGGAUGUCGUCGAAUAAUAUCUUUGGGAAUGAAGAGUUGGCAGUGCUGGAGAGGGAGAUGAGGAGGAAGGAUGAGGUGGACUUUUCGGAGUGGGUGGAGAAGUAG